GGAGCACAAUAUGCAGAUAACUUCAUUCUUCAGACGUAUAAGAGGCCACAUCCUAUUCUGGGCUUCAUAAAGAGGAACCUUCAACAGCUCACAUACAGAGCUUCUGCCUCAGAGGACCACUCAUUGAAGCAUACAUUUAAAAAGGUCAUGCAAAGACAGUGGAGUGAUCAGAAGACGAUUAGUGGGAAGUGCCUAUUCUUCAUUUCACCAAAGAUGAACUUCAACCCAAUUCCCAAGACUGGCGACAUCGUGUGGAAGCUGUAGGAACUGUAAACUGGGCGCUAUCUAAUUUCCCUUGCCAUAGACAAUACAGGGAACUGGCGGAGGGAUAUAUAUAUAUUUUUUUGUGAACAGUUUUUCCUUGGGGUUUUGCCUGCUACACACGUUUUGUUAUAGUCACAGACAUGAUUUAACCAGUUUUAUAAACUUCAGAGUGUUUUCUAUCCACACAUACUAAUCAUAUGCAUAUACUAUAUUCCUGGCAUGAGUAGCAGGACGUUGAAAUUUUGCACACUUUUUUAUCAAAAAGUUGAAAAAAAUGACCCUAACCUCUAAGAGGUGCCUUUAAAUUACCUUUACUGUAAAUUAUCAACUCAACUAUCUUGCUAUGCAAUUGGGAAAAUGCAAUGUUAAUAAAAUGUUAGUGCUAUUACAGCGGCAUAAGUGUUAACAGUAAUAUUAACAAAACUAAAUAUAAGACUAAGUAUCUACGGGAAUAUCUAAACACUGCCUUGUUGAAUCGACUACAGCCAAGGUACUGGAAAAUAAUGUUAAUUUGUAUUCUGAUGAAAAUAUCCCAUUAAAGUUGGUAUGAUGUGUAUAUUUGAAACUUAUUUGUAUUUGAGCUCAAGCAGUAGAAAAUGUUAAGUGCUGGUACUCAGCUCUGGUGAGCUCCUACACAAGUCAAGCACUGUGAAUUUUGACAGUGAAACUACAUUUUACAUUUUGGAUAUACAGUGCCUCUAGAAAGUCUACAACCCCCUUGGAUUUAUUCAAAUUUUAUUGCAUUACAAAGUGGGAUUAAAAUGGAUUUGAUUGCCAUUUUUCUGUCAAUGAGCUACACUAAAUAUUCUGUAAUCACAAAGUGGAAAAAAGUCUAACAUUUUUUAAAGAUUCAUGAAAAUGUUAUAUCUAAAAUAUAGUAGUUUCAUAACAGGGGCUAGAUACAUAAAAUGCUUUUAUUUCUAAAUGGAAAAACAGAUACAGUGCAUUCAGAAAGUAUUCAGACCCCUUGACUCUUCCACAUUUUGUUACAUUACAUCCUUAUUCUAAAUUGAUAAAAACGUUUUUUACUGUGUGUAGAUUGAUGAGGGAAAAAACACAUUUAAUCAAUUUUAGAAUAAUACCCCAUAAUGACAAAGCAAAAACAGUUGUUUUUUGUGUGUGCAAAUGUAUUAAAAAUAAAUAAUGGAAAUAUCACAGUAUAUACGUAUUCAGACCGUUUAAACUGCCGCCUCAAGUCUUCUUGGGUAUGACGCUACAAGUUUGGCACAUCUGUAUUUGGGGAGUUUCUCCCAUUCUCUGCAGAUCCUCUCAAGCUCUGUCAGGUUGGAUGGGGAGUGUCGCUGCACAGGUAUUCUCAGGUCUCUCCAGAGAUGUAAGAAAGGGUUCAAGUCCAGGCUCUGGCUGGGCCACUCAAGGACAUUCAGAGACUUGUGCCGAAGCCACUCCUGCGUUGUUUUGGCUGUGUGUUUAGGGCCGUUGUCCUGUUGGAAGGUGAACCUUCGGCCCUGUCUGAGGUUCUGAGCGCUCUUGAGCAGGUUUUCAUCAAGGACCUGUCUGUACUUUGCUCCGUUCAUUUUCCCCUCGAUUCUGUCUCCCAGUCCCUGCCGCUGAAAAACAUCCCCACAGCAUGAUGCUGCCACCACCAUGCUUCACAGUAGGUAUGGUGCUAGGUUUCCUCCAGACGUGACGCUUGACAUUCAGGCCAAAGAGUUCAAUCUUGCUUUCAUCAGACCAGAGAUUCUGAGAGUCCUUUAGGUGCCUUUUGGUCAAACUCCAAGCAGGCUGUCAUGUGCCUUUUACUUUUGACCAUCGGGUUCUUGGUCACCUCCCUGACCAAGGCCCUUCUCCCCCGAUUGCUCAGUUUGGCCAGGUGGCCAGCUCUAGGAAGGGUCUUGGUGGUUCCAAACUUAUGUAAUUGAAGAAUGAUGGAGACCACAGUGUUCUUGAGGACCUUCAAUGCUGCAGAAAUGUCUUGGUACUCUUCACUUAAAUCUGUGCCUCAACACAAUCCUGUCUCGGAGCUCUACGGACAAUUACUUUGACAUCAUGGCUUGGUUAUUGCUCUGACAUGCACUGUCAACUGUGGUACCUUAUAUAGACAGGUGUGUGCCUUUCCAAAUCAUGGUCAAUCAAUUGAAUUUACCACAAGUGGAAUCCAAUCAAGUUGUGGAAACAUCUCAAGGAUGAUCAUUGGAAACAGAUUGCAUCUGAGCUCAAUUUCGAGUCUCAUAGCAAAGGGUCUGAAUGCUUAAGUAAAUAAGGUAUUUCUGUUUUUUAUAUUUAAUACAUUUUCGCCUUGUCAUUGUGUGGUAUUGUGUGUAGAUUGAUGAGGAUAUUUUUGUAUUUGAUCCAUUUUAGAAUAAGGCUGUAAUGUAACAAAAUGUGGAAAAAGUGAAGUGGUCUGAAUACUUUCUGAAUGCACUGAAUUUAUCAUGAUGUCUGUAUGUGCUGUUCAAGGAGUAACAUCUGAUUGGUUGAUUGGUUUGUUCAUUUACACUAGUUCAACUAAUCUGCCAUUAGUGAAAGGUUGCCAAUCUAAUUGUUUCUGAAAAUAAUCCCUUUCUGAUAUCUGUAUUUAAAUAUGUUAUUUUAUUUGAAGUAGUCCCUUAUUGCUGUCUGUAUUACAAUGCAGUAUUAGUAAUCACCCCAAAUGAUAGUCAACUUUUGUAGUUCCACAAAUAAUAUUUGGAACCAUAGUUAUCCAAAAUGUGCUCACAACAAUACUUCCUCAUGUUGUACAGUAAAUAACAAACCACAGCAGUGAUGCAGGUGUUUUCUUGCGAACAUAUCCGAAAAGGAAGAUGGGUCUCUAAUGAAAUAUUCAACAUGGUGGAGGAAUGUUGGUGACCUGCAACACAACACACGUCCCACAGGGAAACUACUGGGGUAGAUUGCUGAGAACAUCAACAGAUAUGUAUUUUUUAGACAGGCCUAAUCUCAUCUCCGUCUUUAGAGGCAUUAGGAAAAACCUUCAUCUGAAUUAUUUUGUUUCACUAAGAAACAAGGAAAUAGUGAAUGCGUUGAUCGAUAUCUUCAUCAAAUGUAGUAUGCUAUUCUAAGCUCUAGUAUAUUCUCUAUCAACAUUCAAGUAUCAAUGAAGUAUGGUUGGAUUUAUCAAAUGUCAAUAGCCAGUAAUGAAAUGAGAAUCCAUUCUCGGUAACAGGACAGUGCAUUAAAAUAUUACUAUUUACAAUUAUUUAGCAAAUUAAGAAGAUUUAUGAAAUGGAGAUGUAUUGCACAUAUCAUUUGAUUUGAAAUAGAUCCUUUCCUCCUCUGAGUCUUGUGCUUUCAUACAGUAGGUCUGUCUGAGACAUCAUGGAGGGUAACAACAGACAACAGAGAGAAAGAUCACGAGAAAGAUCCCCAGAGACGUCUCCUAUGAUGGUUCCGGUAACCCAGCCACGCUCCUCAAUGUUCUCCUGCUGUUUGGGGAUGGCAUCUGAUGAACCUGUAGGCGUCCCAGCUAGUAAUUUAACACAAGACUCUAUUAUGAAGCAGCCCACCAGACAGUCUUAUGUCGACAACCCAGACACCAGCGAACGCAUAAUACGAUUGGAGAAUACUGAGCUGCAAAUGUUGCCCACUGGUGCCAAGAGGUCGAUCAACACCCCACAACCAGGGCAGCCAGAGCCUUCUAAUAAGAUGAAGAAUAAAAGAGGGGACCAAGAUGGAAGGAACGAGCUCAACCAGGGGUCCAGUCAGAAGCAGAACCAGGAUCAAAAGAUCAAGUUUCUGAUCAAUGUGCCCAUGUGGGUCCCACUACCUGACAACAACCGAUCACUGGACCAAAUCCAGUCACAGGUUCAAAGGUUACUGAAGUUGUUGAAGGAUACAGGAUUUAAGGAGGAAGAUGAGGAGCACCUGAAAGAUGUGGCCAUCAUCAUUGGCCUAAAUGGCAAAGAUUCUCCUGAGCUCAGGGAGCAGCUGACAAUGCUGAUGAACAUGAAGGAGAAUACGGUAUUGAAGUUUAAAAAGAUUUCAUUUACCUGGGGACCCAAUGGUGACAUUAAAUAUGUAGACAGUAUAAAUCAAAUAAAAGGUAUACCAUAUACGGAUAUCAGAGAAUAUCUAAAAGAUCACGAAGAAACUAAACAGCUUGUUAGAGAGUUGAGAGGAGAGGAUCCUGACGCUCUGAUCUAUUUCAGUUUUAUUGACGCUGAUACUGUAAGCUUUUUAACCAAGUGUACAGCUCUUAUUUAGAGAUAGUUAGAAAGCACUCUAACACUCACUCUGGCAUCCCACCAACGGUGAUGUCAACAGGCUAUGAGUUUCCGGACGGGGCUUUAAAGAGGUCAAGCCAGGUUGACAGAGCGAUUCGAGUUGAGACAGCAAAACACUUUCCUCUAGGCACAUACUAUCCAGAGCCCAACUUCUGUGUUUUACUCCUAAAGGGGGAGGACACACUAACAGAGAGCUUUCUUGGAAAAGGCAAAACAAUGGAGUCGCCAAAAUGUAUCAAAAAAGUUAAGGAGCGUGAACAAUUCACAGCAGUCUUUACCGCUGACAAUCCCAUAAUUACCUCUGUUCCAGCAAGGAGUAAAAUAAAUAAGGAUGGCCUGACAACUGCUCAAUCACAUUUUAAUCCUAGAGUUUGGGCAACAAGUGCAUACAUCAAUGGUGAGAUAAAGAGUGAACUAAAGGGCCAAGGAAGUUUUGGUAAAACAAGACGAUUAUUGAUGGAACUGUUGACUUGUCCAGAUGAGAAAUUUGAGGACAAGUGUAAAGAACUUCCUGUGGUAAAUAAUGAUGCAUUUCUGAGCCUGUGUAAGGCAGCUGGUGAGGUCCGAAAAUACAGAAAGAAAGUGAGGGGGUCUGAGAACCAACAGGAUAAGAGGAGUCCAGCAGAGAGCAGAGCAAAACAACCAGAGAUGUAACGCAUACCAAUUCAUGGCACUUCUAAAGCCUAGACUUAUGUUGACAUAAAAAUCUGUAGCCUUACUUUUGUUAUGACUUUUAUUUUGCCGUAAUGUAUUGAGACACUGUUUGUACCCUGGGGACUUUUAUUUUGAAAGCGAUAAUAUUCCCAGAGGCACCUUUGAGAGAGUGUGGAGAAAAAGACAGAGUGGAUGUUGAUGACUGCUUGGCUGUAUGUCUUGGACCAGAGUAAUUCAACUACACCUAACAGUUUUCCAUUGUAGCCCGCGUGUUAUUUUUACUGCCAAUCCACAAGUCCUCUGUUGGAGGUAGUGUUUAAUACCUACAAGCAGAAAUAAGGGUUAUACAAAUCUAUCCAAUCCACAAGUCCUCUGUUGGAGGUAGUGUUUAAUACCUACAAGCAGAAAUAAGGGUUAUACAAAUCUAUCCAAUCCACAAGUCCUCUGUUGGAGGUAGUGUUUAAUACCUACAAGUAGAAAUAAGAGUUAUACAAAUCUAUCCAAUCCACAAGUCCUCUGUUGGAGGUAGUGUUUAAUACCUACAAGCAGAAAUAAGAGUUAUACAAAUCUAUCCAAUCCACAAGUUCUCUGUUGGAGGUAGUGUUUAAUACCUACAAGUAGAAAUAAGGGUUAUACAAAUCUAUCCAAUCCACAAGUCCUCUGUUGGAGGUAGUGUUUAAUACCUACAAGCAGAAAUAAGAGUUAUACAAAUCUAUCCAAUCCACAAGUCCUCUGUUGGAGGUAGUGUUUAAUACCUACAAGUAGAAAUAAGGGUUAUACAAAUCUAUCCAAUCCACAAGUCCUCUGUUGGAGGUAGUGUUUAAUACCUACAAGUAGAAAUAAGAGUUAUACAAAUCUAUCCAAUCCACAAGUCCUCUGUUGGAGGUAGUGUUUAAUACCUACAAGUAGAAAUAAGAGUUAUACAAAUCUAUCCAAUCCACAAGUCCUCUGUUGGAGGUAGUGUUUAAUACCUACAAGUAGAAAUAAGAGUUAUACAAAUCUAUCCAAUCCACAAGUUCUCUGUUGGAGGUAGUGUUUAAUACCUACAAGUAGAAAUACGAGUUAUACAAAUCUAUCCAAUCCAGAAUGAGAAUGUCAUGUCCAAACAAGACAUAAACUCAAAUGUUGCUAAAUAACCUGGAUGAAUCUCUAGUCGUACACAACUAUGGGUGUAACCAUUUGUGCCAGAAUACUGACCAGACAUCAGCUUUAAUGGUGUAGAGGUGAGGAUACAGUAUAAAACAAUUAGGAAUUGACGGGUAUAAUAAGUUAUUCACGAAACAAAGGUUAAAUCACUUACAGUUACAAUAAGUGCCAUGUAAUUUCAAUGACCACAGUCAGGACAUCUGUUUAAUGUCCCAUCUGAAAGGCUGCACCUAACGCAGUGCAAUGUCCCCGUCACUGCCCCUGGGCAUUGGGAACUCCUUAGACCAUAGGGAAGAGUGCCCCCUACUGGCCCUCCAACACCACAUCCAGCCAACUGUAUACAUAUUUGUUGUGUCCUAUAUAAUUGCUCCAUUCAACACAUAGCACUAAAGAGCUGCGCUACAGUGUGAUUGAAAUGUACAUUUCUAAUUGAGUCGAUAUAUGCAGCCUUUACCGUGAACGCAGUCUCCACAAACAUGGGAACAUGGCUGUUUUCCAUUUGAACAUGCAUGUAGGGUAGAUAGGGUUUGAUGGAGGAGUAGAGAAAAUUGUCUGACUGUGACUGCAUGACUGCUCUUCAGGCUGUGAUGAGAUUCAUAUGUACUUUAUCACUGAAUACUUUGUUGUGAACCUUUUCAUUUUAAUCAUAAGUAAUAUUAAUAAAGAGUUGUUGAUAUAAUACAGUGAUAUAUAGCAUGAAUAGAAAACACCUUUUAGUUUGAACUAAUCAUAAUGCCAGAACUAACCAUUUUAUAAAACUAUAGAAAGAUAUGCUAUGUAAUGGUAACACUUGUGGUUAAGUAACAAUAUGUACCUACACUGUCAUUUUAUAACCAUCACAUGUAUGUUCUAACUAUCAUUAUAACCAUCACAUGUAUGUUCUAUCAUUAUAACCAUCACAUGUAUGUUCUAUCAUUAUAACCAUCACAUGUAUGUUCUAUCAUUAUAACCAUCACAUGUAUGUUCUAUCAUUAUAACCAUCACAUGUAUGUUCUAUCAUUAUAACCAUCACAUGUAUGUUCCUACUAUCAUUAUAACCAUCACAUGUAUGUUCCUACUAUCAUUAUAACCAUCACAUGUAUGUUCCUACUAUCAUUAUAACCAUCACAUGUAUGUUCUAUCAUUAUAACCAUCACAUGUAUGUUCCUACUAUCAUUAUAACCAUCACAUGUAUGUUCCUACUAUCAUUAUAACCAUCACAUGUAUGUUCCUACUAUCAUUAUAACCAUCACAUGUAUGUUCCUACUAUCAUUAUAACCAUCACAUGUAUGUUCUAUCAUUAUAACCAUCACAUGUAUGUUCUAACUAUCAUUAUAACCAUCACAUGUAUGUUCUAUCAUUAUAACCAUCACAUGUAUGUUCCUACUAUCAUUAUAACCAUCACAUGUAUGUUCUAUCAUUAUAACCAUCACAUGUAUGUUCUAUCAUUAUAACCAUCACAUGUAUGUUCUAUCAUUAUAACCAUCACAUGUAUGUUCUAUCAUUAUAACCAUCACAUGUAUGUUCUAACUAUCAUUAUAACCAUCACAUGUAUGUUCUAUCAUUAUAACCAUCACAUGUAUAUUCUAUCAUUAUAACCAUCACAUGUAUGUUCUAACUAUCAUUAUAACCAUCACAUAUUAUGAUCAGUAAUCACAUAAUUAAGUUUUGACAUUUGAUUUGAUGAUUUCACUAUAUGUGUCUGUCAGUUUUUGCCUGCCUCAUAAUAAACAGAUGGUAAAUCCAA